AGGCGGUGUCUGCCCUCAUCAAAGAUGGCGGUGGGCAGCGCCGCUGGUCACUAGGCUCCCGCCGUUCGCUCCUCGCCGGGCUUCGCGGCUGACAUGGCGGCGGCCGAGCUGGAGUACGAGUCCGUUCUUUGCGUGAAGCCCGAUGUCAACGUCUACCGCAUCCCGCCGCGCACCUCCAACCGCGGGUACAGGGCGUCUGACUGGAAACUGGACCAUCCAGACUGGACAGGCCGGCUUCGUGUCACCUCCAAAGGCAAAACUGCUUACAUAAAACUGGAGGAUAAGGUUUCAGGCGAACUUUUUGCCCAGGCUCCUAUAGAUCAAUACCCUGGCAUUGCAGUGGAGACUGUGGCAGAUUCCAGCCGCUACUUUGUCAUUCGAAUUCAGGAUGGGACUGGACGAAGUGCUUUUAUAGGCAUUGGCUUCACAGAUCGGGGUGAUGCCUUUGACUUCAACGUCUCUUUGCAGGAUCACUUCAAGUGGGUGAAGCAGGAGACUGAAAUCUCCAAGGAGUCCCAGGAAGCUGACACACGUCCCAAAUUAGACUUAGGGUUUAAGGAAGGGCAGACCAUCAAGCUAAACAUUGGGAACAUGACAUCAAAGAAAGGAGGAGUAGCCAAGCCCCGUGUGUCUGGAUCAGGGGGCCUAAGCCUGCUGCCACCCCCACCAGGAGGCAAAAUUGCAGUCCCUCCUAUACCUCCCCCUUCCUCCACAGCCGUUGCCAACCAUGUCACACCACCACCUGUGCAGAAAUCCAGUAAUGGUGCAGAUAUUCUUUUAGAUUUAGAUGCUCCUGCAGCUGCAUCCAAGGCACCAGUAUCAGCUACCACAGACCUCUGGGGAGACUUCAGCACUGCAUCCAGUGCUGUUCCAAAUCAGGCUCCUCAGCAGUCCAACUGGGUCCAGUUCUGAAUGAUCAAAGCAGUGGAAUGGGACAAAUUGUUGACCUAGAGGCACCAAAUGGGAUCAGAGGGGGCACAAACCUCUCUAGUCUUCAAUCAAAUUGGGACAAUCCUUCAUUUUUAGAUCAGACCUUCACUUAAACUUACUAUUUUUGAUCCCACUGAACCUAAAGAGAACAUACUGACUCCUCCCAACAUGGGCAAGGAGAAGAGAGGUAGCCGUAUCACCUCCAUCCACUUGGCCAUUACAUGGUACAUCCUAACUCUUUUUCCCUGUCUUUUCAUACAGGGAAAGCAAGAAUCUUGAAGAAAGUGGGUACAGGAGGAGGCUGAGUAGGUGCCUCUGGGUUCCUUGUCCUUCAAAUUUUUCCUGGCUAGGCUGUUGCCGUGCUGAGAACAGCUGCAUUUGGCUACACUUGCUAAAUGGAACCUCUAAGGAGAUAGAUAUUUUCUCAGCACAAAACCCUUUUGGAUUAAUGACAUCUGUGUUGAGAAGUGACUCCCCAUGCACACUUGUGUCUUUGGUGGAAUUCUUGGUAGUGCUGCAUGUCCUUGUGCUCCUGUGGGAGGAGUCAUACAAGUCCUUGAGUAGGGCUGCUGCUGUUGCGCUGUAGUUUCAGGUGGGCACCCUAUCUCCAGGCUCCUGAUUUGGAUUGCAGGUUCACUGGAGGAACUUCCUCUCAUUUUUACUCCUUUCUCCCCAGACAAAGGCCUCACUGUCAUUGAGCUGUUUUAACUGGAAAUAGCUUUAAGGGAAAAAAAAGGCCUGUUUUUACAAUUUGGUAGUUACUUGCACUAGAUGACAACCAGGUGAUUCCCACCACUCAGCAUUUCAUGUUCCUGCAUCACUAUCCUGAGCCCUGGCCUUGUGUUGUGACUUGGCACUGUGUUACAAGUAUUGCAUAUCUACGAUAAGAAUUAUGGUGGGACAAUAGAUUAUUCUCUGAUGAAGGGAAAGUUACCUUCCCCUUUUUAACUCAUUUGAACAAGAAAUGUAUAGUAGGCUCAAUCCUGAGAUCUGUGGGAGCAAAAUUCUCCACCUCUGCUCCUUAUUAUGACUCUUCUGAGUCCAGCUUUUAGGGAUGUGAGGUGGUUAUUGGAACUUAUAAUUUUAUUUUUAAUGUGUCCAAGCCCCCUCUAUUUUCUGUGUGGUUAAGGGAGUUAGAAAGAGGUAAAAAGCCAUGACUUCCUACUUUUUUCUUUGGGAGAGUUUCCUGAGGCAGUGUGGACACUACUUCAUCUUCUGCAGCUGUGGAUGUGAUCUGGGGUGUAAGUCUGUUGAUUACUGUGGGCAAACUCACAGGGCAGGCUGGAAACCUCUCACUGCUGAAUUGCUACCCUUCAUGCUGGCACAGAAGCCAAAACACUAGCUGGGAAGUUGGUCUCAGUAGCUCUUGACUACCCAGUUACUGGAACACUAGGGCAUUGGUGCUUUGCUGGAAGGCUUCUUCCUAUUUUGAACACGCAACACAAAAACACUUUUGUGUCUCUAGCACACCUUCGCAAGAAAAUGUUUCUCUUUGGGCAAAAAUUUUCUGGUGAGGCUUUUAAAAGAGUAGUUAGAUGUAUGCACCUUGUAUUGGCAAAGGUCUUUUGUCAUUUUUGUCUGGCUACAGUGAGGGCAUUUUGGAGACAGUUUCAGUUAGACCAUCCCUCUGGGAAGCAACAUUCUUGAAAUAGCUCUAAAGCUGCUGCAGUUCCACUUGUGGAAUUGGGGACCAGACUGCUCUUGGAUGUUUUUUAAGUAGUCAUUUAACCCUGAUUCCCUGGCUCUCUUGGUGUUUCCCCCUGCCAGCUCUCCCCUGCCUUCAUAGUCACUCCUGCAGUCUCACUGUACUUCAGCUCUUUGACUCCUGAACUUGUGGAUGGCUGUAGUCUGCAAGCAACAUCACAGACUCCUGGGCUGGCAUUUUAUUUUCUUUGUCUUCUUUUUGUUUGCUCACAUCCUCGUGAGGUCCUGUCAUUUCAACUAUGUAUCAAUUCCCCAACCAAGGAAGUUGAUGGCACCAACAAUGAACUAGGAGCCUCUUCUGUAUUGUCUUAGUAUUCUGGAGAUAAUAUAUUAUGUAUUUGAAAAGCUGAAGAAGCAAAAAUUAAAAAUAUAUGUAUAUAAAGCAUAAGAUGUACUGGUGCAAGUGGUAAUUAAACAAGUAAUACUGGGGAAAAAAUGUCA